UGGACAGUCGCCGCCAACCAGCUCGACAGAUUGAACGUGGGGUGCUAGAAAACAAGGUGAACGGGUUUGCCAUACGCAUUAUGCGAGCUGCACUUAGCUCGUUCGGUUCGCUAAAGAUCCCGCUCUGUUUCGUCUUUCACCGAGUCAGCGAAAAUUUUGUUCGCUUAUGAUUUCGCGGCUAUGGCUCUACGUGUAGCGUAGAAAAAGAUAUCAUCCAAAACUCGUUCUGCCAGUUGAUAAAACGGUAAAAGACAAAGAGGAUCCUACACUCGUGGAUGGACUGAUUGAGUGAGACUGUGCUUUGGUGAAUUGUGAAUGAUUCUAAGCCACAGGUGUCACUGGGAGGAUUCGUCAGAUAAAAACAGAAAACAUGAAGAUUUCCAUGGAGAGAUGACUGUGGGUGAAUGUAAUCUCAGAAUUUGGAACAGAAUUGAAUCCUUAGCAGGAUCAGGGUCCAGUUAAGGAAAAUGCCUGCGAUAAAACUUUUUGGAAGAAAAUGGUUAGCAGCGACCGAUGAUCUUGUAUAUCCUGGUCUUUUUGAAAUUUUCAUUAGAGCAGUUUGGUUAAUACUGAUUGGUGCUGCUUGUUACAAAUAUUACGAGUACACAUGGAGUUGUCAUUUAGGGGGAGAGCUAGUCCGGAUAUAUCUAUUCGGAGAAAUAGCAUUUCUUAUCACAUCUAUGCUUUUCAUGCUGGUCAUUGUCAGGCACAGUGCAAAAGGAAGUAUCAUGGACACGAAGGCUCGUAAAUAUGUUGAGCCACUCUUGACAGUUAAGAUACUGUUACUCCUGCCAGAGAUAGGGUGGAACAUAUUAGGAAGUAUGUGGAUGUUUGGAUCAGAAAUCGAAUGUGGCUACGAACACUAUACAGUUAACGUGGUGAAGACUCUGGUGUUUUUCGACUGGAUUCUUAUAGGCCUAACAAUUAUUGGGUUAGUCAUUAUAUUCGAUCCGUUGGGUUCGUUGAAAGAUGAGCAACUGGAUAAUUCCAUCGAGCAUGGGAAAUUUUCGAAAAACUGGAUACGGAGAUUCAAGUUUCUCUGGUGGAUGCGAAAAGAUGACAAUGCUAAAGAGACCUUUCAACAUAUCGCUGGUUUAUUAAGCUGUUUAUUCCGUGGAACGGACUUGGUACCUUCAGAUGCAGUGGCGGGGUUUAUUCUACUUCGAAUUAGACAGAAAUAUGAAACUCAUGAGUUGCGUCGAUUAAAUCUACUUCCUAGUCCAGUAUACACUGCCGACGCGUCCAUCAUUUUUCGCGAUACACCUAGCUGGAUGUCUUUGGAAAGUUCUCUUCAUUAUCUGCAACUUUCAAUGGCCUGUUACGGGUGGUUAUUUGUUAUUUAUAAGCAUUGGUAUACAGGGUGUUUUCGUGUUAUCAAAAAUUUGACCUGUUGCGCUUGCUUUAGACGAAAGCCUGCACCAAUCACUGGCGACAAUUGCUGCUACUGUUAUUUGGCCGGUGUAACAUAUUUAUCGGGUUUAUCUACUGACGACAUAAUAUUUGCAUCGUUUAAAAAUCGUCUGUGUGAGAUACCUUACUGCGUGAUCGCCGACCAUAAAACGAAAAAUAUCGUGAUCGCAAUACGAGGUUCUCUAUCGUUACGUGAUUUGCUCACGGAUAUAGCUGCUGGUUCCGAUAUAUUCGAAUGUGAAGGCAUUCCACCUGGCUCGCAGGCACAUAAAAGUAUGAUAACAGGAGCUAGAGGAAUUUUAGAACAAUUAGAUGAAAAUAAAAUUUUCGAAAAGGCGUUCAUUACGUAUCCUGAUUAUAAUUUAAUGAUCACAGGUCACAGUCUGGGCGCCGGUAUAGGCAUUCUCUUAGCACUUUUACUACGGCCUAGAUACCCAGAUUUAAAGGUCUACGCGUUCUCCACACCAGCUGGCCUUCUGUCUCGCGAGGCUGCCAAAGUAACCGAAGAAUUCGUCCUAUCGGUCGGAGUUGGUGAUGACUUGGUGAUGAGGCUAAGCGUUGACAGUACUGAAAAUUUAAGAACCGCAUUAGUCAUGACCCUUAGAUCGUGUCGGCUACCAAAGUAUAGAGUGGUAUUAAAUGGAUUGGGUUACAUGUUAUUUGGUAUACCAGAGAGGGAUCUCAAUAAAACGUGGACCAAUUGUAAUGUAAUUGCAACUUCGACGGGACAAUCACCGCUGCUUAGCGUAAAAGAGUCACAGAGAACAGAUGAAAAUGAUAUGUAUGCGAAGGAUAUAACGAAGAGAAGAUUUUCAAGGGUGAAGUUGUAUCCUGGAGGGAGGAUACUUCAUAUAAUUAAAUGCAAACCUGAAAAAGUAGAAGGGAAAAGAAAAAAGCAGAAGGCAGACGAAAAAAGAUACGAAAUGCGAUGGGCACAACCAGAAGAAUUUCCAGAAUUGAUUGUAAUGCCACGAAUGGUGUUAGAUCAUUUACCAAAAUGUAUAGAAAAAGCUCUUACGGCAUUAGUGGAACAACAAAACAGAUUACCAGUUUACCUCGAUCUAUAAUAUAGUCAAAAACAAAAACUAUGUGAUAAUUGAAGUUAGAAGAAAAAAAUACAUUCAAUCAAAUGAUCUUUUAUUCAUUCAAAAUGGUACAAAUAUUUUUGUAUUUUUAUAACAUAAAAAGUAAAGAAUCAAUUUAAUUAUUCCAUCCAAGGUAGUAUAAUGACGAAUUUCAAAAUAUACUGUCAGUUUUGUAAUAGGCUUCAUGUACCACUAAAAUAAUAAUUUUAAUAAAUUAAUAUUAAAAUAAAAA